AUGUCAACAACACCAAUUAAUAAUAAAGGUAAAAAUUAUGGAGGUGGAUAUAAUAAACAAUAUUUAAUAUUGUUAUUAGCAGAUGGUAUAUUAGCAUUUGUAAAUUGGAGUUUAAUGGUAGAAUUUAUAUCAGUUAUUUGGUUUUUCCCAAUGGGAUUUAUGGGGUUCACAGGUUGGGAGGCAGCAUUAUUAGCAAUUUUUACACCAAUAUUUUUAGGUAUUGGAUUUAUCAAUAGAAUAGUAUCACGUUUCAAUUUACCAAUCCGUUUGGUAGCACAAUUAUUAGCAUUCUUUGCAAUUUUCCCAUGGGCCAUUGACAAGGCAUCGAUCAAGAAUGACGAAUUUGGAAUUUUCUCAUCACCACAUGUCACCAAAACCUUUUUCGUAUCGGUUGCAGUUGCUCUCGAUUGGUUAGCUCAAUGCAAUAGUUUUGCCAAUGUAAAAUCAGCAGUACGUCGUGAACGUGGUGCCUACGCCUAUGCAUUAGCAAUUGUUUUACAUGCAAUCAUUCGUUUGCCAUACCUCUCCAUCAACCCAUUCAUGACUUGGAGCAAUUGGAUAGUGUUUGGUAUGAUUUUAGUAUUGGUCGCAUUUGUGAUUUUAAUGGGUGAGAACAUCAAUGCCUCUGACGAGAAGAAGAGUGGUGCCAUUUGGUCUAUCGAGCAUGAAACCUCCUCAAGCUCAACCAUCGCCACUGGUGUCUCAUUUGGUGGCAUCAUUUUCUUUAACCAAUUACUUUUCUCAACUUAUGGUUUAAUUCCACGUUGGGUCGGUCUCAAUCCUUUCCCAUAUGGUCUUUUCGUUAUCUUGGGUAUGAUGGCUGGUGUAGUGAUCUCAAAGAAGAAACAUCUCGUUACCUCUAGAAACUUUUUCAUCUUUGCUCUCAUUUUAUCCGCUAUCUUUGGUUGGUGCUCUGGUACCGUUCCUUUCAUCGUUGGUUUCAUUGGUUUAAUCUCUGCUUCUCUCUUGGGUGCUUAUUGUAAUUCACUUUGGAUCGUUUUAAUUGAAAAAGUUUCAAAUACUGAAAAAUUAGGUCAAUUAUUCACUUCUGCUAUGUUAACUUAUACUGUUUUAUUAUUUUGGGCAAUUUAUGUUGUUUCAUAUAAAUUUGUACCAUGGUGGUUAGGAUCAACAUUAUUAAGAGAACGUAAUCAAACAUUAAUUAUAGCAUGUGUUUUAGCAACGGGUAUUGCAUUUGUAUAUAAAUCAUUAAGAUCAUCAGGUGGAUCUUCCUCAUCAUCAAUUAAAAGAGAAAAAUCAAAUAAAGAUCAACCUUCUUAUCCAAAUAAAGAUGUUUUCAAUAUUCUAUUUGGUUUAUUAGUACUUUUACUUUUAUUCUCUGUAAAUAGAGCAAUCACUCAUCCAACUGAUUCAAGUAUUGCAGGUCAUCAUUAUACAAGAGAUUUAACAGCAACCUCUGUUACAAACACUGCUCCAACUGAUAUUAAAUCAAUGAUUUGGACAAUUCAUUUUGGUUAUGAUAAUUUUGGUAGAAAUAGUUUCCCAAAUGUUACAAAAGUAAUUAAAGAUCAUGGUGCAAAUAUCAUUGGUUUAUUAGAAUCUGAUCUUUCAAGAGUUAUGACUUCAAAUAGAGAUUUAGUUGAAUGGAUUGCAACUGAAUUACAUAUGUAUAGUGAUUUUGGACCAGAACCAUCAAGAAAUACAUGGGGUUGUGCAUUAUUAACAAUUUUCCCAAUCAUUUCAUCAGAUAGAGUUAUUUUACCAUCACCAGAAGGUGAACUUGCAUGUCUUAUCGAUGCAGUAUUAUUAAUUGAUGAAACACCAGUCAAUGUUAUUGUUACUCAUUUUGGUAAUACUGAAGAUGUUUUAGAUAGAAAAUUACAAACUGAAGGUGCUGCUGCAAUCGUUAAAAAGAACGCUGAUAUGCCAAUCAUUUUCCUUAGUUAUAUCACAACCAAAGUUAACACUGAAAACUAUAAUACUUUAAGAGCAUCAGGUUUAGAUGAUACCACAAACGAAGGUCGUUAUUGUCAAUAUAUCUUUUAUAAAAAUUUACAACUUAACAAAUUCCAAAGAUUCUCAAGUUUCGAUAUCUCUGAUACUGAACAACAAGUUGCAUCUUUUUCUGUUAUAAAAGAAAAUAAACAACAACAACAACAAACUGAACAACAAACUCAACAAUAA